UGUCGGAAAACGAUCCCAGGGAUGGCACUGCGCCUGUCCGUGUGUUGUCCAUGGCGAUCGAACUCUCCGGCGGCGGUGCGAGGCAAUUGCUUGCCGUGCAACAGCAGGAGAGGCCUCGUGACAAGAAGGCGAGCUUGGCAAACCUCCCGCAAUGUCAGCGGGGCAUCACGUUGCAGGAGCUCUUGGAUUUGCGGAACCAGGACAAAGACUGGCUUGAGGAGGUGCAAUGGUACUGUGCCAACUACCGGCUCGGUGGCAGCUGCAAGCCGCAGCAGCAGGGUUUCCAGGGCUUUUGCCCUCAAUGCCAACAGCCUGGGCAGGAUGGUCUGCGUUGGGAAAUGGGAGAAAGCUUCUUGUGUCGUGGUCAGGAGGGCGCACCAAGAACUUGUACGAGGUCGUGGAGGAGAGUUCGUGAAGCCUGUUUGCAAGGGUCACGGUGGACCAGGCAUAUCCUACGUGGAGUAUCUCAGCCUGCACCACCGUAUUCAUGCACCAAGCAGGAGACAGGUGGACACCUUCGUGUCCCACUGGUGGGGUGAAGAGUUCAGGGACCUGGUGGCCAGCCUGCAACGCUAUGCUGAGUCCCAGUGCAGGAAGAGGCAGUCUCUGGCACGCUAUUCCAUCGUGCAGUCGGUUGCUGCACUGAUCCUGAAUGGCUUGUUGGUCUACCUCAACAUCGGAGAGAAGAUAAAACGUGGCUCAGAGGCGCAGCCCUUUGUGAAUGGCACCAAUGGCACAGAGGAGCAGGCAAUAGCAGGAUCCGGGCAGUACUUCUUCGUCGCUGAAAGGAAGUUAGCUGUGGUGGUGGUUCUGAUGAACGGCUGUCUAACGGUCUUGGUCAUGACCUGCAUGCUCCUAGAAGCUCUCCACAACACCCGGGCAGCUCUGAAUUGGAGCUUCUGGAUUUGUGCUUUUGCCAACAACCAGUACCAGCUGGACCAUGCCCUCAGCCCGACUGAGCCCAUCGAGAGCUCCUCAUUUGCCGAGGCCUUACGCAGCCCGGGGCUGCAAGGUGUCGUUUGCAUCAUCGACCCUAGCUGCACGAUCUAUCGGCGGAUUUGGUGUGCUUUCGAGCUCUUUUAUGUGAUGAAAUGUGUCCUGCCCAAGCAACGCAUAUGCCUGCCGGUCACCUUGGUCAAUGAGAAGGGCGUCAUCAGCGAGGGGGGAGUGAGUGAGUCCAAGCUGCUGCAAAUUAAGACAGCUAUCCAGACAGUCAAGACCCAGGAUGCCAAAGCAAGCAAUCCUGUAGACAAGGAACAGAUCGAAGAGGCAAUGCGAGAAGAGAACACGACCCAUGACCAACUGGACAAGCAUCUGCGAGAGCUUACCAGCGCCGGCCUUGAUAGCGCCAGCUUGCGGAGGCGCGUGCCGUUUAUUUACUUCUUCCUCUGUCCGGUGUGCUCCUUGUUCGCCUCCGAGUGCAUCUUUUGGCUGAUCGUCGCCUGCCGCGGGGUGCACGAGGAGAUGAAGAUCACGGUGAACACCUGGCAGCAAGCGGCGGCGUACCUGCUGCUUAGCUUUGUGACCUUGGCUGCGAUCAUGCUGGUUUGCUUCAGCUCAAUCGACGUGCCUGGAGCCGAAGCCACUGUAGCAGUUGAGGGCCAGUGGAUGGAUCGCCUACAAGACUACAUGCAGAACAUUGGGGAGCUCCAAAUCAGAAUCUCUUUGCCUACAUCGCGCAACAGGCUGCAACAGAGGGUGGCCUACAAAGCAUUGGUCAUCAUUCUGGUGCUUGUUGGUCCUGGGCUUUCCUUGGCCAUUCCACUCCUGCUGGUCACCACCCUAUUUCAGCAGGCCAAGUGGCCUGACUACUUGGAUUUCAUUUGGCAAGUGCGACUGCUUUGGAACAUGGUACAGGUGGUGUAUGCAAUCUUGGGCUUGCUCAUCAGCUUCUCGUACUAUAUGCUUCGAGACACGCGUGGGAUGGGCAUAUUGAGGACCUUUCUAGAGGACAUGCUGCUCUAAGCUCUGAGCUCAUGGGAAACAAUGGUUUAGCCAGGUGUUUCCGAUUUGUUUCUUGAAUUCCAUUUGAAACCGGGUUCGUCCGUUCCAGGCAUGCCCACAUGGGGUGUGCAAGAACCUAAGCAGCCA